GAUCACCACCUUCUUCUCCCAACGAAUCAUCUAAAACCGCUACGAUUGUGGUGCGAGGAGCAACGCAAAACCACUUGGAUGACAUUGAACGUGCUAUCGAUGACGGUGUCAAUACUGUUAAAGCCGUCAUGCGUGAUAAUCGGUUGGUUCCGGGCGCUGGUGCUGCAGAAAUGGAGUUAGUAAAACGAUUAUUAUCUUUUGGCGAGAAAACGCCAGGACUUAAUCAGCACUCUAUAAAAAAAUUCGCCGAAGCAUUAGAAGUAAUUCCGCGGACACUUGCUGAAGGAGCUGGGUUGGAUGCCACCGAGAUUCUCUCAAAACUUUACGCGGCUCAUCAUCAAAGCGACCAAAACAAUAUUGGCGUUGAUGUAGAGAAUGAAAAAGAUGGAACAGUUGAUGCUGUUAAGGCCGGUAUUUUUGAUUUGCUUGUUGUCAAAUCUUGGGCGAUUAGAUAUGCUACAGAUGCUGCUUUAACAGUAUUACGAGUUGAUCAGAUUAUCAUGAGCAAACAAGCUGGAGGACCAAAACCGCCAAAAGGAAACGCUGAUUGGGACGAAGAUUAG